AUGGACACCUCACUGAUGAGUGCGUCAGAUCUGCUGGCGCAACGGCAAGUGCUGGAAACCUUCAAGGGCCUGGCGCCCCUGCUAGGAUCAGUGCAGCUGUCCCCCAAUCCAAGAGAGCCAAAACGCAGCAAACACCAGCACGAGGAUCCGCCACUGCAGGUCCCACAGAGUCAAUUGGCAGCCCAGACACCACAGCUGCAGCAUCUCACCACCCUGGUCCAGCAGCUCGCCCUACUGGUCCUUCGUCACGACCGAGAUCUCAAUCAAAGCCGCAGAGCAGACAGCUUUGUACUUUUUUUCAACCGAGAUCCCAAGGGCGGCUUGCAGGGACUGUUGAAUGCCACGACCAGUUGGCAGGAGCAACGCAAAGCGUCCACCAUUCCGAUGAUGACGUUGCGGCAGCACCUGACACAGUGUCUGUUUCAGGAUCUCAUGGUGAAGGUGCUCAAGAUCUCCGAGGCCAAGCAGGAGGAUCAACUGUACCAGGCUUCAGUUCAGAGCCAGCUGAUCGAUGCAGAGGGCAACUGGCCGUUUCUGGAAUGGGAUCCCAAGGCCAAACAACUGAUGACCAGCACCAAGACACCAAUCAGUAUGACCUUGAUGACCCAGCACGUCAAGGAACUGGUGGAAAUGUUCAAGAACCCAGACUUGGUGAUGAGCUUCAGGUCCCUUCAGACCACACCGGAAGCACAGAUCUGCCCCUGGAGACUUCAACUCUGUCCCAGAGCCGACAGGGAGUGGGAACUCCUCAACAGGAUGAGUCGAAGCAGCGUGUGGACCCUCCUGGGUACAAUGCUCAAACCACAUGCAUUGAACCAAUGUGGACUGGCGGACACAAUUCAGAAGUCACUGGGCCAUCAGCCCCGCAAGGGGAAAGGGAAGGGCAAACACAAGUCGCCCAACCAGCAGACGACCCAGAAGAACACUUCAAAUUGGUGCUACGCCAACAGCACCAUUUUCAGUUUGCUCUGGUCAUUGAUGUCCUUGCAGUGUGAUUCAGAUUCAUUGGGGAUGCGUUUUGCAGAGCUGAUCCAAUUUUUGCCAUGUCACAAUUUGCAAAGUGUAGCAUUGACUGACUUAAGUUGGUUUGAUCAGAUUCUGCAAAAUUGGGAUGCCUUUGCGGGUGAUCAGAGGGGACGACAACAGGAUGCAUCAGAGUUUGCAACUGCUGUCAUGACCUGGCUCCAAGCACCAGCUGUCAAUAUGACCUGGGAGCGGCGCGUCGAAGAAAUUGAUGCGGUGACAGUGCACGAUCACGGUGAAGAUGGAAUGAUUGCGGCAUUGAAGCAGGCUCCUCAAUGCAUUUGCGUUCACCUUGACAGGUUCUUUGCGACAGAAGGAAAUAUUCAGAAAAGCCAGUGCCUCAUUGACAUGGAAGCAGGAUGUGAUGUACAGGUCUUCAUUGACCAAUCUCUCCGACGUGAAUUUGUGGGGUAUGUGUUGAUAGCUGCCACGGCACAUUUGGGCGAUGCACAUAGUGGCCAUUUCCGAGCAGCCUUGAAAACCAGACCGGCAGUGCAACAGAGUGGCCAGCCCAUGCAUUGGCUCAUCACAAAUGAUGACUCUGAAGCCAAGCCAGUAUGGCUGGUACCAGAUUGGUUUCGAAGCAAUACCAAUCUCUUCUGGCUGCUGCGCUCAGAUUGUGUACAGCUUCAUACAUAUCAGGCCCUGCAAAUGACGGUACAUGAACAGCACGAGACAUCACCCACGAUCCUGCCAGUGACGGCUGACGAUCCUUUGCCUGAGUUUGCAUGUCAAGCAGACCCCAUCCAAAUGCCACCACAGGAUGAGACCACGGCGGCCAUCAUGGCCCUGCUCCAAGCAACGUCGAUGGCAGAACGUCAACGAUAG